GUAAUGAGUGCUCCAUUGGGCAGAUGGAGCAUGUGAGAGAGAUGCAGGAGAAGCUGGCCCGUUUGCACUUUGACCUCUACGGCGAGGUGGACGAAAUGCCGGAGGACCAGAGGAAAGUGGCCUGCGACACCAACAUGGAUAAAUUACUUCUUAACCUUGAGGAGCUGAGUUCUUCUAUUCAGAAACUGAACCUAGCCGACUCCCAAGAGAUCCCGAGGACUGCCAGCAUGUGAAAUCUCUCCUCUCAUCUGAACCCCCGUCUGACUCGGGCUGUUUGUUUUAUGCCACCUAGAUGGGCUGCAAAGGAUAAGGCGGAGUUGAAGCAAAUUUGAGGCACUUUUAAGUAUUAUGGCAUAAAUAGCAACAAAGCUGUUCACCAGCGUUCCCUGUCUGUACAGGGUGGACGGAUGUAUUGUAAGAAGUCCUAACAGGGAUGCACUGACAGCCUAAACACAAUAUAUUAUAUUAUUAUAGUGUGCGUUACACACAUAUAUAAGGAUUAAGAUCUAUGAGAUGAUCUGAUCUACAUUACAGUUCAUAUAUCGGCAUUGGUGCGUCCCUGCUGUGGCCUGUUUGUGUCAAUUCAUUAAUUUCCCAACAGUAUAGAUUUGCAAUACAUUGCUAACCAAAGUGAUAUUUAUAUGAAGCACUCACAAUUCACAGGUCUGUCAGUGUGUGUUUAUGGGUCUUUGUUAAAAGUGAACUGACUCCUAACUUACCCCUAUAGCAAUUUUUAAGAUAUAUAUAAACUCAUUCUGUUGCACUUUGUCUUAUCUGUCGUCAUAAAAUCAAUCAAUUCAAAUUGUUUCUCAACACAAUCGUAGAUCUUGUUUUUGAGACAAUAAAAACCAAUAAAUAUUCCCUGAUUAGAUUUAAACUGUAGUUAAAUUCAUCAAAUCUGCCAAAACAAUAGUACAACGUACAGUGAGCUGCGUGUUACGGGUAAACAAAAAACUAAGCAGUGACCCCAGUUAGUGGUUUCUUGCUCCGUGCGAGUGGCCUGAUCACCUCCAACACCUUGCUUAGUGUUGAAUAUAUUUGCACAUAUCCAUUCAAAAUGCGGGACACACUGCACAUUAUCCCCGGUGUGUUAGUUUGACGCUGGUUAAGAUUGAUUCAGAUGUCGACGUCACAACCAUGCCUUAAUUUCUUUGAUUUAAUCAUUUUUGCCUUAUCGGUUUUAACCUUUUUAAUGGACUCACAUGGAACGUGAUGAGGUUUGGAUUCUGUGUUUUAAGAUAAUCAUUUGAUGCUGCUUUGAUUGUAAAUCCUACUUUAUUUUGUGACUUAUUUUAACCAGUGUUGUUUGGGGGGAUGCGGGACUAUUUUGAAGUGUUUUAACUGUUUUUAUUCACUUAAUAAAUGUGUGGUCUGAA